AUGACAAAGCUGUCGAAGAUUUUCGGUAUCCGACGCAGAAUUCCUGUCUUGACGGCGCGGAAGAGACGGAGCUCUUCGUCUCCUUCUCUUUCUUCUAGGGUUCCCAUCCAACCACAAAACCCAGAGCCCGUCAGCUCCAACGGCCUCAAGAUCCGAUCAGCGUCGUACGAUUCUCUCAGCACACUAACCGGUUGCAUCGACACCAUGAACGAAGAUGUCCGACAGCUCUUCCUGUCUUCCGACAGGGAUCUUCGGAAGAACCCAGAUCUGCUUGACCUGGCCAACGAUUUCUUCAACACAAAUGCUGAAUUAUAUGUUCUCUGUGAAUCUCUGAAGAAAUCUCUGGGGAAAGCUGAUCUUGGAGAAACCCUAAUUCUCCACAUUCUCUCUGGUUUCGUGGAGGAAAAGAGAGAAGAAGGGAAUUUCAGCAAAACUCUCCAGAAUCUUAGGAGUUUCAAAGAUUUCACCAGCGACGACCCUUUCGCCGGAGAAUUCACCAAGCUGUUUAAGAGCUGUCACGCCGAUCUCGUCAAGGUGAUCGGAAAACUGAAUCUGACGACCAAAAAGCUCAACAGGAAACUCCGGAGAAUACGCCGGCGCCGGAGAGUUACGAUAACGCUGUUCCUCGCGGCGGUUGCCACCGUGGUUAUCUCCGCUGUCCUGGUCGGUGUAACGGUGGCUCCGCCGGUGCUGGCAGCGUUGGGGGCCGCCGUCUCCGCUUCGAGUUCCCAAGGAGUGAAGGGUGCGGCCGCUAUUUGUGUCCAGAAGUUUCUAGCCUUGGCGAUUGUUAUCUUCGGGAUUGUUACCGUGCUGCCCGCUUGA